AUGGAGCUGCCAUGCUUCUUCCUCUCCCUCCUGGCGGCGCCAUGCAUCCUGACCGUGGCCGUAGCCCAAUCUACCACGACCGAAAUCGACCUUGUAUUCCCCCACGCAAACGAGACAUAUCAGCGCUUGUACCCGUUUCCCAUCGUAUUCGCCAUCCAGAACCCAGCGCCGGUAUGGCCUCACAACUUCCAACUCUUCUGGCAAACGGGGUCUGUCGGCGAAGAACCCUCGCGCUUCGACUGCGACCGGCUUCCCCUGCGAGGCGCAGACCUGUGGACAUCAAGAAACUACAGCGGACCGCAAACCAUGACCAAGAUAUAUUCCGCCGGCAUAUAUAUCAACAGCACCGUCGAGCAGUGGUAUCUUGCGUGGCACAUGACCAUGCUUCGCAACUGCACCCCAGACAACAACCGAGUCACGCUCGCCCCGAAACGCCCCGUGGCCGAGGGCAAGAUCUUCUUCAACGUGACCCGCGGCGGGAAACCACCCGACGUCUUCCAGGGCAACGAGAGCACAGCCUGCCCGCUGCCGGUAUGGACCGUCAACAUUGUCGACCGCGUCGACAGCCAUGCCGCGCGCAACCAGAGCCAGUACGGCGACAGCACCAACACCAUGUGUCCUGUUUUCGACCCCGAUGACGCGCAUCCCCGCCCGGAGCCCUGCCAGGCCAAGGCUACAGAGGAAUUGGUCCGGAAUGUGACGCGGGGUAUGCUGUCCACGGCAAGUGUGCCAAUUUGCAUUCUUGGCCGAAUGCUUCCCUCGCGGGGCCGUGCAACGAUACGAAUUGGGAGUCGAGCCUAG